CCGUCUCCAGCCCUAGUUCUCUCCAAAGCGGAGGCCUGCACGUGCACCUCAGGCAGUGGGGGCGGGGCACGGAACUGAAUUCCCGCGGAACCGGGUGCAGCCCGGUGUCUAGGCGGGGUGGGGGGAGGAGCCGCUGAGGGAUCGGGCCUGAAUAGACUUGGAGGCGGAGCGAUGGAGCCGCUGCGGGUGCUGGAGCUGUACAGCGGCAUUGGGGGGAUGCACCAGGCGUUGAAAGACAGCUGCGUAUCUGCAGAAGUGGUAGCUGCUAUUGAUGUGAACACUAUCGCAAAUGAAGUGUACAAGCAUAACUUUCCUGAUACACCAUUAUGGGCCAAAACUAUUGAGGGAAUUACACUGCAGGAAUUUAAUCAACUAUCCUUCAAUAUGAUUUUAAUGAGUCCUCCAUGUCAACCAUUCACAAGAAUUGGCCUACAGGGAGAUGUGACUGAUCCAAGGACAAAGAGUUUCCUGCACAUUCUUCAUAUUCUUCCAAGGCUACAAAAAUUACCCAAGUAUAUCCUCUUAGAAAAUGUUAAAGGAUUUGAAGUGUCUUCUACCAGAGGUCUUCUUGUGCAAACACUAGAAAAUUGUGGCUUUAAAUACCAAGAAUUCCUCUUAUCUCCAACGUCUCUUGGCAUUCCGAAUUCCAGACUACGUUAUUUUCUUAUUGCAAAACUUCAGUCAGAACCAUUACCAUUUCAAGUUCCUGGUCAGGUAUUGGUUGACUUUCCCACAGUUCAAUAUGCAAAUUCAUCAAGGCACGCAGUUAUCAUAGAUGUGGGGAGAAACAGCGAAGAGAGGAAAAUCGAACCAAACCCUCACUGUGAUGGCAACACACAGUGUUCUGGGAAAGAGACAUUCCUUUUCAAACUGGAAACUGCAGAAGAAAGAGAGAGAAAACUUCAGCAGGACAGUGAUCUCUCUGUUCAGAUGUUAAAAGAUUUUCUUGAGAAUGAUGAUGAUAUGAGUCAGUACUUUUUGCCACCAAAGGCCUUGUUACGCUAUGCUCUUCUGUUAGACAUUGUUCAGCCCACUUGUAGGCGAUCGACAUGCUUUACAAAAGGAUAUGGAAGCUAUGUAGAAGGGACUGGAUCGGUCUUGCAAACUGCUGAGGAUAUACAGAUUGAAAAUGUGUACACAUCUCUUGAAACAUUGUCAGAAGAAGAGCAGCUUAUGAAGCUGUCGAUGCUUAAACUGCGAUAUUUUACCCCUAGAGAAAUAGCAAAUCUUCACGGAUUUCCUCCAGAGUUUGGAUUUCCUGAGAAGAUAACAGUGAAACAGUGUUACCGCCUGCUUGGGAAUAGUCUUAAUGUACUUGUAGUGUCCAAACUCAUCAAAAUAUUGCUUGGGUAAUUGUGACAUACUUCAGGAUGAUGACAUACUUCAGAUGUUCAGAAGAGAAUGAUGAAAUUUUUAUUUUUUAAAUUGUUUUGAACAGAAUUCAACCAAAGGGUUAAAUUUCUUUUAGAAAGAAUUUGAAAUAUUAGGUUAUUUAAUAUUCAUUGUAAAAAUAUUAAUUCAAUUUAGAAAAUGUUUAUUUAAGGACUUAACUAUAAUCAAAAUUCUUGGCUAGAUACUGAAUUCCACUUCCCUUUAAACUUCUCAUAACUAUCUACUCUAUUUUAUAAACUUAAGAGUGUUAUUACUCAUAUUGAAUAUGAAGAACAUAUGAAUUUGAAUAUGCAGAUGCUAAAUAUAUUUUAAAAGUGUACCCCUUGAAAAAAUGAAUUAAAGUAUAGGUGUCAUAUAGUGACCAUUACACAUUUAGGAACAUUGAUAUAUUCUAAAUAAAAAGACUUCUAUUCUACAUGAAUAGUUCAUCUGAAUAUGUGGGAACAUAUUUUUUAAAUGUGUUUAGUAAUGUAAUUG